GAUUAUUAUUAUAUGAUGCCUCCUAAGAGAAGAAAGUAUUGUCGAAGUUUACCUCCUGACGUCCUUAGCGACCUUCCUGAUAAUGUAAUCGAUGUCAUUCUGAUGUGUUUGCCUUGUAAAGAUGCUGUGAGGACUAGCAUCUUAUCGAAGAAAUGGAGGUAUCACUGGUGUAGACUUACAAAGUUGACGCUUGAUUCAUCUCUGUGGGUAACAAAAAAAGAUUUACUAAACCCUACAGUCAAAUUUACAAAGAUUAUCUACCAGCUUUUGUCCCUUCAUGAAGGACCCAUUACUAAGUUUACCCUUAACAUUGGUUUUCUAGAAAACUCUCCUGACAUUGGUAACUUCAUCUCUUUCCUCUCUAGGAAAGACAUUCAACAUCUUGUUCUUGACCUUUCGUGGAAAAUGCUAUACAAAUUGCCUUCUUCACUUUUCACUUGUUCGCAGCUGAGGCAUCUAACUCUUCGUAACUGUUUAAUGCAUCCUCCAUCGGCCUUUCAAGGUUUUGAUAUGUUAACCAGCUUGGAACUAUGUAAUGUUAAAAUUUCUUCUGUAUUGCUCGAAAGUUUAAUAUCUCGUUGUCGGGUGCUUACGAGGUUGAUUCUGAAUAUCCCAGAAAUUUUAAGCAUUAUUGAAAUUAAUGCCCCAAUGUUGAGAUCGUUUAAUUUUAGAGGCGAUAUAAGUUUUAUCUGCUUAAAGAAUGUCCCUCUUCUGGUAAAAGUAUCUCUGGCAGGUGACGAUAUGAGGGCAGAGAAUCUUGAUUUUGCAAAGGUUUUCGAGUCUUGUUCUGCUCUCGAGCAUCUCCGCUUGGACUUCUUUAAUGCCAUGUUCUAUGAUGAUUACGAUGAAGCACCAACAAGGCGUCCCUUUGUUCUUAACAGCGUCAAACGAUUUUACCUGCCUCAUAUUAUGCUGAUAGAUUCAUAUAAGCUCUCAUUUGCGCUUUUCUUGAUAAGAAGCCUCCCAUGUUUAGAAUAUCUCGAAAUACAGGUUUACAAUGAAGAUGAUAGUGGUACAGAGGAAUCCCUUGAACUCAAACACUUGUCAAACGUGACAUUUAAUCACCUAAGGGAAGUUAAGAUAGAACUCUUUACAGGAAGAACGUCUGAGAUGCAGCUUAUCAAGCUUUUGUUAGCCAACUCCCCAGUGUUGGUCAGAAUGCUAAUCGAUCGACGGUUUCUAGAUGAUGAACCUCUUGACACAAGAUUACAAGUUUUCGCUGAGAUAUCAAAAUUUUCACAUGCAUCACCUAAAGCAGAAGUAGUCUAUUUAGAUUAAAUAUAUUAGGAUCUUGAGCUUAGAAAUAAAUAUUGAAAAGAGAAACAAAUGUUGAUGUAGCUGUAGAACAGUGUUUUCCCUUGCUGUAUCUGUUUCAGAA